AUGGAGAGGAAGAGAAAUAAGCACGCUUCGGUGCUCUUGUGGGCUACUAUGGCUGCAUUGCUUGCUCAAAAUUUGGUCAUUCCAGUCGUGUCUUCAGCCACCUUUGAGGAUCAAAAGACCUCUUACUCUCCAGAGCCAAGGACGGGAACUCCAACCACGGGUUCUCACGUGCCUCCAUUACAUGGUUCUGGCGGAGGCCAUAGAACCCAAACACCUUCUCAUGGGGGAGAAAGCUAUUGCAGUUGCGGGAACCCCCCAAGUGGAGGACACCACCAUACUACUCCUUCUCCUCCCACCGGAGGUGGUGGUGGAUACUAUAACCCCCCUUCAAGCUCUACCCCAACUACACCCACCACUCCAACGCCCACCAUUGUGAGUCCACCCACCAUUUUAAGUCCUCCAACCACGCCAAUCGACCCUGGAACUCCAUCGAUACCAUCACCUCCAUCUGGCGGCGGCCAUAGAACCCCAACACCUUCUCCUGGAGGAGGAAGCUAUGGUGGCACGCCACCAGCUGGCAACUGCGGAAACCCUCCAAGUGGAGGGCACCAACAUACCACUCCUUCUCCUCCCACCGGAGGUGGUGGUGGAUACUAUAACCCCCCUACAAUCUCUACCCCAACUACACCCACCGUUGUGAGUCCACCCACUGUUGUGACUCCACCCACCAUUACUCCAACCACUCCAAUCGACCCUGGAACUCCCAUUACCCCAAUAGACCCCGGAACUCCAUCGAUACCAUCACCUCCUACCGGAGGUGGUGGUGGAUACUAUAACACCCCUCCAAGCUCUACCCCAACUACACCCACCAUUGUGAGUCCACCAACCAUUUUAAGUCCUCCAACCACUCCAAUCGACCCCGGCACUCCGUCGAUACCGUCACCUCCAUUUGGAUUUGAUCCAAACUCACCGCCUUUUACUUGCGAUUACUGGAGGACUCACCCUGGACUGAUCUGGGGACUGUUCGGCUGGUUGGGAACGGUCGGUGGAGCAUUCGGUGUGUCUAGCCUACCUGGGCUCGGAUCCAGCACGAACCUGCUGCAAGCUCUUUCAAACAACCGACCAGACGGGCUCGGAGCACUGUACAGGGAAGGAACAGCUGCUUUACUAAACUCCAUGGUGCACAGGGGCUUCCCUUACACAACAAGCCAAGUUAGAGAUGGUUUUGCAGCUUCGCUUAGCUCAAGCAAGGCUGCAGCAGCUCAAGCUAUGCUAUUCAAGCAGGCUAAUGAGGGAAGAACCAAGCCUAGAGCUUGA